GGGACAUUUUCUUCAUAAUAUAUAUUCUCAAUCACAGAGGGGAGGCAGUUAAAGUACUUUCAGAGACUACAUAUAUGAUAGAGGCAGAGGAUAUGGAUGUGGAUAUGGAAGAAAAAAUAGCAAGGAAUAAGUCCCUUUUACGAAGCUUGAUCUGGGCAGAGAUAAUAAAAUCCAAUUAUUUGAGUGCAUCUAUCUAUCUCCUUAACCAUCAAGGAAUAUGAAAUCAUUGACAAGUUUCUCGGUCCAAAUCUGAAGAAUGAAGUUCUGAAAAUUAUACCUGUACAAAGAGAAGCAGACUCGAGUUCAAUGCACACAUUUGAAGGUAUAACUAAAGUGAUGAUUGUAUAUAUUAGAAAAAUACUCCACUGUCUUGACAAGUUUUCGCUAGUUCUAUGAUGCAUGCGGAUGAAAAUGGAGAAGUGAUUUUAAAGAGAGCAUUGCAGUACCUGUCGAGAAUGACAAAAAAAUCCAAGGAUAGAUCAUCAGAAGAUAGAUGAUUUUCAUGCAGACUGAGUUAAUAAUUUAUCACUAGGACAACUUAUAAUACUUGAAUUUACUGAUUGUCAUACACAUGCAGUGCAAUUUCCAAAUCUUGAAUUGAGUUAUGAUAAGAAUUUCUUAGAUUGCUGGAAACUUAUACUUAUCCAUUGGAGGGGUAGUAUAUUGAUUAACAUUGAUUUACAGAACAUGUGUUUGAAAAUUUUGAAACGAACUAUACAAACUAAUAUAACAGUAUGUUUUGCAUCUUUGUACCGAGGCAUUUCUCGUGAACAUGGUUUCAUAAUCCGAUCAACGGAGUUUCAUCGAAAAAAAAAACGGAAGAUCUGAUGAUGGUAGGACUUUUCGAGAUCUGCCAUGUCAUGGAAAAGGGAAGGCGGAGAAAGAGGCGUUUGUUACCGAAAUUUUGCUUCCGAGCGGCUGCAAGUUCGAGGGAUCAAAACACAUGAAAACAUGAAGACAUGAAAACAAAUAGUGGCACGCGAAGGACGCGUGAUAACAGGACUCUGUGCCAAUCAAAAUUCGCCACGUGAAGAAAGGAAUAGAUCAUCGAUGUGUCUCCUAAAGGCGUUUGGCUUCUCACUAUUCGACAAGCGCGUGUCCAAAAAGGACGAAGAGCCUUUUUUGUACCUCAGUAAAGGAUUUUCCUAAAUUGACCGAAUCAGCUGUUUUGCAACGCGUUGCUGUUUUCUACAUGACCAAAUCUAUGCCGCAAUAGUCACAGGCUGUGAUAAUACAUAUAUCAUAAAUACCUCAUUAAAUAAUUUUAUUAUUAAAAGACUCAAGCUCUUUAUAACUGAAUAGUUUGCGAAAAAAGCCGAGUGAUAUUAUAUUUGUAGUGGUGAUUGUAUAUAUUUAAAAAAGUACUGUGCACAAUGGUUCGACAAGUUUUUACUGGUUCUAUAAUUCAUGCACAAGACAAUGGAGAAGUUAUUUUUCAGCAAUGGGCUACAAUAUUUGUCGAGGAUGGCAAGAUUAUUGACGUUAUGGAAAAUCGAGAUGAACAGAUGAUAGAUGAUUUUCAACCUUACAAAGAUAAUCAUUUACUACCAGGACAAUUUAUGAUACCUGGAUUUAUCGACUGCCAUACAUACACACUACAAUUUCCAAAUAUUGGAUUGGGUUAUGAUAAAACUCUCUUAAAUUGGCUGGAUACCUAUGCUUAUCCAUUGGAGAAGAAGUUUAAUCAAAAUGUGCUUGCAGAAUUAGUGUUUGAGAGAGUUGUGCGACGAAUUUUGGCAGUUGGUGUAACAACUGCAUGUUAUUCUGCAGCGUUGUAUACCGUGCCAUGUACACGUCUCGCGGCGAUGUGUUCAGCGCAAGGUCAACGAGCUUUCGUCGGAAAAAUAUGCAUGAACGCGGUACGAUCUGAUAAUUAUUACGAAACCACAGAAGAGUGUAUUCGGAAUACUAGGACCUUUAUAGACACUGUCAAAAAUUUAGAUGAUCCUCUUGUGCAACCAAUUAUUACACCAAGAAAUGCAUUGAGUUGUGACAGGGAAUUAUUGAGAGCGCUGGCAGGUCUUGCUGCUGAAAAACAAUUGCGUAUACAGAGUAACAUAUCUCAAGACCCAGAAGAAAUAGCAGAGGUGACUAAAAAAUUUGCAGUACCGACAUACACAGAUGUUUACGAAAACGCUGGUAUUCUUCGCAAUAUGACAAUAUUAGCACACGGGAAUUACCUAUCCGAAAAUGAACUUAAAAAGCUUACAAGUAAAGGAACAGCUAUAGUUCACUGUCCAACUUCGAAUUUAAAUCUGAAAAGCGGUCUUUGUGAUGUGCGGAAUUUAAAGAGGAAAAAUAUUGUCGUCGGUCUUGGAACAGAUAUUGCAGGUGGAUCAAAUUACAGCAUAUUGAAUGAAAUGAGGUCGGCUUUACAUGUAUCAAAUGCUCUAUCUUUUGCUUCAAAGAAAUCUAAUGAAUCUGAUGUAGAUGAUUAUGUGCCACUUGAUUACAAAGAUGCCUUCUUUAUGGCAACAUUAGGAGGUGCUAAAGCUCUUUCGAUUUCGGACAAAGUUGGUAAUUUCGAGAUAGGCAAAGAAUUUGAUGCUCUCAUUAUAGAUUUGAACGCAGACAAGCGCUUCGUAGACAACAAUUUCAGAGAAUACACACUCGAGGAAAGACUCCAAAGAUUUAUAUAUUCCGGCACUUUCCAUAAUAUAAUAGAAAUUUAUAUAAAAGGCAGACAAAUUAAAUAAAUUAAAAAGGAUUUUACUUCAUAAGAUGUUACGUUUUUACACUGUUA